AUGGAUGAACAAUUUCAACUUCUUUUUGAAAAAAUGAAAAUCGAAAUGCAGAACCAAGCCGUUUCUAUAUCCAAUACAAUAAUGGAUAGAAUAGACGAAAAACUAAAACUCGUCUUAGAGGAAAACAAAAAGUUAAUAUUUAAAGUUGAAAACUUGGAAAAGAAGAUAGAGUUUUUAGAAAGAGACAAGAAAGGCAACAACAUUAUAAUAUAUGGUUUGAAAGAAGGGGAAAAAUCUACAAGAGAACUUAUAGAAAAUGCGAAAAAUAAAUUCCAAAAGGAAUUAAAUUUAGUCUUAGAGGAUUACGAUAUAAAUAAAAUCUACCGCAUUGGAAAACCAAACAAAGGCGACAAACCGAGACCUGUACUUUUGUCCUUCACUUGUGGAUGGAAAAAGAACGAAGUUUUGAAAAAUAGAAAAAAAUCUAAGGAACUAUUUGUCGCGGAGGACUUCUCUAAAGAAAUUCUAGAAAAGAGGAAGGCAUUAUUACCACAACUGAUAGAAGAACGAAACAAAGGGAAUAUCGCCUACUUAAAAUUCGAUAAACUCGUAGUCAAGGAAGGUACAAAACCCAAGGAAAAUAGAAAAAGGGAACUUUCAGUUUCUCCGCUAACUAAUGUACAGCCAAAGAAACAACAAACUGCCUCCUUUUCGAGGAACAACCGAGCGAAUGCAUUUGACUUGAUGAGGAAUCGGUCCAACUCCCUUACAACCUACCUAACAGAUAAAAAAUAG